AUGGAGGAGGAGGCAGUGAGGGAGGCAGUGGCCUGGCACCGGUGCCCGCCAAGGGGAAGUCCCGGGGCCUGCAGACAGGAUGGCACUGGUGUAGAUAGCAGCGCCCCAGAGCAGUCGUCCACAGCGCCUCCACGCCGCCACCACCACCCAGCCGUGGCUCCCUCUGUCGACCUGACUGAUCACUGGAGAAGUGCUACAACAACUACUGAUAACAGUGCUGCAUCAACUACUGAUAACAGUGUUACAACAACUACUGAUAACAGUGUUACAACAACUACUGAUAACAGUGUUGCAACAACUACUGAUAACAGUGUUACAACAACUACUGAUAACAGUGCUGCAACAACUACUGACAACAGUGUUACAACAACUACUGAUAACAGUGUUACAACAACUACUGAUAACAGUGCUGCAACAACUACUGAUAACAGUGUUACAACAACUACUGAUAACAGUGUUGUAACAACUACUGAUAACAGUGCUGCAACAACUACUGACAACAGUGUUACAACAACUACUGAUAACAGUGUUACAACAACUACUGAUAACAGUGCUGCAACAACUACUGAUAACAGUGUUGCAACUACAGCCAGAACUACGUCACUGUUUACCCCUUCUCCAAGGUGCAACCCACAACAGUGCUCUUAA